AGUUGGGAGAAGAUCACAUCUUUUAGCCUCCUCUCCCACAUUUAACAAUGUUUUUACAAGGGCCCAAUUCUCGAGUGAUUAUCAUACGUGUUCGGAUACAAUGUUCCACUAUCACCGUUGUUAUUUGCCCUCUAUACAUGACGAUUCUCGACAUUACUUGAGAAGGAUUUGGUGUCAGUCGCUUCAUGGAAUUAAGAUUGGACGAUAUUGCUCGGAGGCCUCACAUCUCGUUUUUGGCAGACCAUUUUUACGUGCUCCUUAGGGGACCGAAGGAGGAGUUUGAAACAUUGUUGGUGAUCGUAUAAGAGUAUGAACAAGUGAGUGAACAGAAGGUAAACUUGGUCGAAAUCGACAAUUUGUUUCAGCCGAAUAAUUUAUGCGUCGGAAGCUGCUGUUGAAAUGGUUGUUAUGCAGGGAGUUGGAGCAAUAAGUGUUAAAGAUAAAUAUUUUGAUCUCCCUUAUGUGAUUGGGAAGUCGAAGAAGGAGACAUUUCAAUUCCUUUUGGAGCCAUUGUUGAAACGAAUGAAUGGAUGGAAGAGUCGUAUAUUACAGACUUAACUUGAUUAUAUGAUUUAUUUUGUGAGACGUAAUUGGGGAUUAACCCACAUGGCCAUAUAGAUAUGUACAUUUGAUUUUUGUAAGGGUCUACAUUUUUUGUGAACCUGCUGUAACUAUAGCUCAGUUCUGGUUGAAUGCAAGUUGCUAUUGGCAAAAAGAAGAGGUUACUUGCACCAAAGUCUGCAAGUACAAGAAUUACUAGAAACAGAUGCUUUACAGAUGUAUCACAAAUGAAAAUAUUUCUCCCCCCCAGACCGCAAGAAACUCCCAAAACCAAACGCCAAUCUGCCUGCAAAAGGUCAAGACUCAAAUGAAUAAAAGAAAAUGUAGGGGGGGGAAACAUAAGAAAAGGACAAUAGACAGCAAUUAGAAUAGUCAAACGUUAAUAUCCGCUUGGUAUGUUAAUUAAGCCAGACGAAGCAGUUAUGUACAGGAAGGAAUGAAUUUGAUUUUGAUUUUGACUAAACAAAGAAAGGAGAAAACGAUGAUAAUUUAUCACAGUUGGUAGCAAUUAGCCACAGAAACACAUGGCAAUGGCGCCAGCCCUUUUGUCAGCUUCUUUCCCCUCCAUUUCAGCAGCUCAAUUCCCUCGCCUAAGCAACAAGCAAAGCCUGGCUUGACUUCCACUCUGGCUGACAGGCUAUCCCCCCAAAAUGAUUCUUCCUUCUUUGAUAUCUUAUAGUAAUCUCGCCCAAAGAUAUUUCCCUCUUUCUUCUUUCCUUCUUUCGUCCGGUUCCAUCAUAGUCUUUAGUGGAAUCCUCAACCCACAGCCGUCUGAUUCAGCCAUCUAGUUGAAUUUCUUGCAUACUCCCUCCAGCUCUGUCUUUUGAAUGUUCUUCCAAAAAGUCGGGCUCAAUUUUUAUGUAAUUAAUUGUCGAUCUCCUUUUCAUUCAUCUGGGUUACGUUGUUUCUUUCUUAGGGUUCCCGAAACUUUGCUCUGUUUCGCCCUUUUCGUCUAGUUCGUCAGCAGAACACGCUUCCCAUCCCAUCACUUUGUUCAGUUUCAGGGGUGGCGUCUUCCCUUGUUCUCUGCCUUUCUGUUGAAUCAGUUUUCCCUCGUUACAAAAACCCAGAAACGGAUUCGUCUCCCUUUGUCUCUAAUCUUCUCGUUGAUGGUAGUCGAGAGUUAUGGCGGCUGAGUCGAACUUCGCCAGAAACAUACUCGAGUGUUGUUUGACCAUCCUCUAUGUCGUCUUCGCCUUCUGCUCUGCUCUCUUACUCGGCGCUGUCAAAGCUGUGCUAGUCGGGCCAAUUGCAGCUUCGAUACUGAUAUUUGGGAACAUCGGGGUCAUUCUUGGGACGUUCCCUUUACACGUUUUCUGGACAGUUUACAGCCUUGCCAAUUGCAAUAGAUUGGACGUGCUGCUGAAAGCUGCGCUGUUUCUUGUACUCCCGGCUCUGCUGGCCAUAUGGUUGGGUCUGAGCAUUGCUGGGAGCGUUCUGAUUGGGUUGGGAUAUGGGUUUUUCACCCCAUGGAUUUCAACCUUCGAGGCCUUCAGGCAUGGCGAUGGAUCCAAGAAACUUCGUCACGUUUUCGAGGACGGGACAUGGGGAACUGUCCUGGGAAGCUGCACGGUGGUCAGGGAUUUUGCUGAUAUGUGUUACCACUCUUACUUGCUCUACAUGAAGGAGCUCCGCGAUUCUUCCUCCUCCCAUGAAGUUCGAACUCUUAGGCUGAUUCAUCUGCCUGGAUUCAUCGUAGCCGGAUUGCUGGGGCUGCUAGUGGACAUCCCACUUUUCACCAUGAUAGCCAUCGUCAAGAGCCCUUACAUGCUGUUCAAAGGCUGGUUCAGGCUGAUCCAUGAUCUCGUCAGCAGAGAAGGCCCCUUUCUCGAGACGGCCUGCAUCCCAGUUGCUGGCUUGACCAUCUUUCUAUGGCCUCUUGCCGUUGCAGGCAGCAUCUUGAUGGCAGUCUUCUCCAGCAUCUUCAUUGGACUUUAUGCCUCCGUCGUGGUUUACCAGGAGAAAUCGUUCUUGAAAGGUGUGUCGUAUGUGAUAGCCAUGGUUGCGGAGUUCGAUGAGUAUACCAAUGAUUGGCUUUACCUCAGAGAAGGAACCUUCCUCCCCAAGCCCCGAUAUAGGAAGAAAAAGGCACAUUCUUCGUCUGAGCUUUCAGUUGGAGGGAGUACACGCUCCAGAUUCGCUUCUUCUGCUUUCACAGAGGCGCCUGCUAUGCUUGUUCCUAGCUUGGCUCCUUCCAGAUCAGUCAGGGAGACCAUUCAAGAGGUCAAGAUGAUUCAGGUAUGGGAGCACAUGAUGAAGACAUGCGAGACGAGAGGGAAAGAGCUGCUCGACAGCGAAGCCAUUAAGCUGUGCGACCUCACAGACUGGCUCAAGGCGAAGAGCACCAGCAGCGGAGCAGUCAUCGGAGUCGGGCUGCCCUGCUACUCCAUGCUGCUGAUGAUGAUGAAUUCCAUCCGGGCCGGAUCAGAUGGAUUCAUCCUCCACGACGGCGUGGAGAUGACCCAUCUCAACCGCCCCAACGACGCCCUCCUCGAUUGGUUCUUCCACCCUCUUCUUGUCCUGAAAGACCAGAUCAAGGCCAUCAAGCUCGAAGAUGGCGAGGCCAGGUUCUUGCAGAAGCUGGUCCUUUUCGGGGACGACUCCGUGAGGAUGGAUGGCUGGGAGAAUGGGAGCGUGGUCCCCCUUGAAGCCAUGCGAGCUGCUCAGAUUCAGGGCAUCAGCAGAAGGAUGAUGGGAAUGGCGAGAACUGUGUCCAAGUAUCCAACGUACAGGCGGAGGUAUCGGCAAGUGGUGAAGACGUUGAUUGCGUAUUCGGCUGAGAAAGAUGGGGUGAGGUUGGGGGGAUCCAGUUCCAUGAGGUUGGUUGCAUAUUCUGCAGAAAGGGAAGAGUUGGGGAAAUCCAGUUCUGUGAGGUCGGUUGCUUGCAUCGAAGAAGUCUGAAAUGCCAAAGUGAAAGGAAAGGGGUGUGGGGGUGAUUUUGUUUCCUUCAAUUUUCAUACAUUGUUUGUUGGUAGUGUGAAGGUUAGCAGCAUGUGAAAUUGUAGCCAACAUUUUGUAAAUUUAAAGAACGAUACAUUUGCAUAGUGGAAGAGUGGCUGGAAAUGAGUUGGUUUGCAUUGACUAAGAUCCACUUCCAAUAGAUAUCCCUAUUUCUUCUCCUUUGGCUACUACUAAGCAAAAAUUUAAUUAUGUUGGGAAAUAAUUUACGAAUUCAUCGAUGAUUAUCUUAUUUUAAGACUGGAUUCAUAUAGCUCUAAAACUAUAGGGUGAUUAAUAACUCAUAAAAUCAAUUUCAAAUUAAGAAGCAAAUGAACUAGUGGAUACAACUUAUUAGAUUACUCGCUCAUUAAGAACCGAAUAGAACAUUAUAAUAUAAAAUAUUAAUCAAGCUGUAAAAUAAUUUAAUAGUUAAACAUUUAGCUUUCCAUCUGGUCACUGUGAUGUGACUAUUAAUGAUGACGUGAUAAAAGAUCAAUCGUUUGACUGUGCCUCAUAGAUAUAUGAUAGACGAGUAUAAUAGUCAAACUCUCAAUUUUAAACAAAACAACAUAAAAAAACCUUGAACAGAUAAUAUACAGUCAAAUAAUAAUUUUUUGUCCGCUCAAACGACAAUUGACUCUAAUGUGGCGACCAAUUCUUGUUGGUGUGGCAAAAUUAAAAAGUUUGACUCAUCACAUGGAUAUAUAAUUAAAACAAUAUAAUAACCAAACCUAUGAAAAAUAAUACAACAGUUGAUCCAGUUGAUCCAAUUGUAGUACGCAGUCCAAAUUUACUUGGCCCAAAGACCAUAAUCAUAUUUCCUAGUGUCUCUCACAAGUCACAACCACUACUCAAGUGAUGAACAAGUUAUAUAUUUGGAGAGCUUAUGUAGGAGGUUGAGAUGCGUUCGAAUUUGCAAACGGAAAGUAAAUGAAGGAAAGGUGUGGGAAAGGAAAUAUAUAGCUAAAGGACGAGAGAAGAAGAAAGUUGCUUCCAUUUUUCCCUGACUCUGAAUCCCUCUAGACACGCGACGAACCCUAAGAGCGUAUUGCUCAUCUCUUCCUCCAAUCGAUCACGCUGGCGUCGCCACUCCCCUCUCUCCAUGUUCCCCUAGAUUGAUCUUCCUCCAAUCCUUCGUCGUCGAGGCUCGAUUCUCGACCCCGACAGAGAGAAUGGUGGAUGGAAAUCGGAGAGGCCGGAUGACGGAUGUAAUUCACAAUUACGAAUAAUCGAUCAACUGAUCUGAUCUAUACUCAGUUUCGAUGUCGGCUAGCCGAGGUUUCGUGUCGGUGUCGUUUGUGGUUGGCAGUGAUGGCCCCAAACCAGUAACGAUUAGCCGAUAAUGUAGUGCGGUUGAAUCGAUUAAGCCUAAAUUUCAAUAACCAUGGAAUAAAUGUCAUAACCAAACCGUCCAAAUUAACACGAAAACCAAAUUACCAAACCAAAGUUUAAUUGGUUUGGUUAAUUGGAUAAUCAGAUUAACCAAAAUAACAUUACAUGAAAACAAUUAUCAAUGUUAAUGAAUAAAACAUAACCAU